GUGAGUUUAAACAUUGAGCUUUCUCGGUGAAAUACAUCACUACGUAAUAAAGUGAUUUUUUUCACCUUCAUUGCGUUAUUUAUGGUGUCAUUGGUUCAGAGUGGUUUCCGUUAUGGCUUGCUUUCGCGCGAGUAAGGUCUUGGCCAUUUUGUAUUCUCUGGUGUGCAUAAACGAACUGUUUUGCAGCAACGAAGUAAAAGCUGUGUCCGAAGGUUCCGCCAGAUAUGAGGGAACUAUACACAUUAAGAUGCCAGGCACUCGUCCACUGAAGAAAGAUGCUUAUCUUUGUACAGCUUUACAGCUGCCACCUACGAAGCAGUAUAUAGUUCGAUUAGAACCAAAUGCUACUCAGCAGACAGCACAUCACAUGUUGCUAUAUGGUUGUAGUUCACCAGGAGCCCAACUUUCCAGUUGGUAUUGUCAAAGAGGACCCUGUAAUGGUGAACAGAACAUUAUUUAUGCUUGGGCAAAGGAUGCACCUUCUAGAAACUUACCCAAAGAUGUUGGAAUUGGUAUAGGGGGAGAUUCAGGAAUCAGAUAUCUUGUGUUACAAGUGCACUAUGCAUCUGUAAUUCCUUUUGAAGAGGGAGCCAAAGACUUCUCUGGAUUUACUCUUCGCACCAGCCAACAUCAACUUCCAUAUGGAGCAGCAAUAUAUCUGCUUUGGGCAGGCAGGGGCUCCAUUCCUCCAGAAACAUCAGGCAUGCAUGUUGAUGUUGGUUGUACAUACAAUGAACCUGAGCCAAUGUUUGCUUUUGCAUUUCGCACUCAUGCCCACAAACUUGCAAAAGUUAUAACUGGUUACAGGGUUCGCAAUGGUGUGUGGACUUUGCUGGGCAAGGGAAAUCCUCAGGCUCCCCAGGCUUUUUAUCCAAUGGAAUCAACAAUUGAGAUCAAAGAAGGAGAUAUGUUGGUGGCUCGUUGCACGUAUGAUUCAAAAGGACAUGACAUACACAGAGUCAUACAUAUGGGGCCAUCUGGCGAUGAUGAGAUGUGCAACUUUUAUAUUAUGUAUUACAGCGAUGCAGGCCGCUUGGAGUAUUCUGGUGGAGACUGUGGGCAGCAAAACCAUCCAAAUGUUUUCAAGAAUUUUCCUCCCGACUCUGACACACUGUUAACAGAUUCACCAGAUUUGAAGUAUCGAGAAAGUAGUGUCCCCAUAAUAAGCACUCCUGUAGUGUACAACAAAACAAGUCCAGACCAGGAAACCAGAAAAGAAACAGCUAUGGUGCCUGUUUCUUUCAAGAUAUCGACUGAUUCACCAACUCGUGGCACAAGUCAAGAAUUGGAUAUUUCUGACUUAGGGUCUGCUAAGGAGGAAUUGCCAUCAGCCAAAGCAGAAACACAAGUCGGCACUGAACCUUCUUCUCAGGAACAUCCCGCUUUAAAGGAAAAUCAGCCUAUUAUUCCUGUCGCAACAUCCACACCUGUUAUUCCUGUACCUCAAUCCACAGAUGAAAAGGAACUUCGGGUUGUGUCCGACUGGCCAAGCUUAACUGCAGUGGAAACCAGUAAACUGGGACAAGUAACAGGAGUUUCGCUGGAUUCCAUGGGGCAGGUUAUUGUGUUUCAUCGCGGCAGCAGAACUUGGGAUGAUCAUACAUUUGACUCUUCUAAUGUAUUUCAAAAUGCUGACGUUGUGGGAACCAUAAAAGAACACACCGUGUGGAUCAUAGACUCUUCGACUGGAAAAAUAAAGGGAUUUUGGGGCAAAGACAUGUUUUUCUUACCUCAUGGCUUGACAGUUGACCAUGAAGAUAAUCUGUGGCUGACCGAUGUUGGAAGUCAUCAGGUUUUCAAGUUUUCGCCUCUUGGAAGUAGUACUCAGCGUUUGAUGUCGUUGGGAGACAAAUUGGUACCAGGCUCUGAUAAAUCCAGAUUCUGCCAACCCACCUCUGUGGCUGUGGACAGAAAUGGAGAGUUCUUUGUUGCAGAUGGGUACUGCAAUUCUCGUAUUCUAAAGUUCUCUGCUGCUGGAAAGCUGUUGAGUUCUUUGGGCGAAAUGUCCGUCUCUAGUCCAGGUAUUCCUGCCCCAGGUUCGUUGUUCAUCCCACACAGUCUCUCCAUGGAUCAGUCAAGUCACACGCUGUAUGUUGCCGACAGGGAGAACGGCCGUGUUCAAUCAUUUAACUCUAUCUCUGGGGCCUUUGUCGAUGAAAUUAAGCUUCCAGAGUUUGGGGGAAAGGUUUUUGCCGUGGAUUUCAGCGUCAGGAAACAGGGUGGAGUCCUACACGUUGUUAAUGGGCAAAGUCAGAAAACAGGAGUCCAACAUUCAGCGGUUCAGGGAUUCACAAUCAGAGUCGCCGACAAAGUCAUAUUACAGACAUGGCCUUCUGACCGAGAGCAGGCCUUGGUCCAACCUCAUGACGUGGUAUCCUCUGCCGAUGGAAGUGAUGUCUAUGUGGUGGAGCUUGGUCCCAAUAGAAUUUGGAAACUGUCUUCAAAACGUCAAGUUGAUUCUUUCAGUAACAAGACUUCAAGUACACCAGUGAAUACUGUACCCGUUAAAACAAGUGAUCAUGUCACUCAAAGCAGUCACACUAUUCUAGGGGAAACUAUUGACGGAUUAAAUCCUAAGCAGGAAGAGAGUGAAAAUACGUCCACGAAAGGCAUGUCAACUCACCGAGCAUCUGCCGAUCCAGAGCAACUAAAACAAAAUGGAAAGAAGCCUUCACUUUCUCCUGUUGCAAAGACUGGUGUCAUUGGGCAGCCCAGUCCAAAGCCAACAGAAACAGUUACUGUGAAAAACAAUUCUGUUGGUGGACCACAAGACGACACUUUGAACAGUGAGGACAAUGUUGACAUAACUGCAGGUAUUAUUCCCGCUCUCAUCAUUCUGUCAGUCCUAGCUGUUCCUAUUGUUUUUCUGCUCCUUAUCAGUAUCACCUUACGCGUGCGUGCCUACCGCCGAGACAAGCGCAACCAAAUGAGUGAUUUCCAUGAAGGCCGGAAAGAUUUUUCAGUGGGAAGAACAAGGGGAUGGUGGUCUUACAUGAACUGCUUUGACAGGCAAAAGUACAAGUUUAACCGAGUUACUUUGCAGGACUUUUACAGUGACUCUGAUAGUGAUGGGGUCUGAAUCUGAUAAAGAUAGCUGUGAACUGAGCUCAGGAGGAGAUUUUGACGAGCGAAUGAAAGACUUGAUUCCGAGCCGUAUUACCAUAAUGAUUAUGAUAAUGAUUAUGAUAAUGAUAAUUGGGCAUAACGAAAUAUUUUUAAAAAACUACCCUCGUUUCUGGAAGAGAAUAAGCGUGGAAAUUAUCACUGAAACUACUCUUCCAUUGUCUUAAUUCUGAUCCGUCCAAAAGACUGAUGGCCAGGAUGCUUCAGUAAGAAGGUUUUUCCACAAUGGUCUAGUGAAUUAUUAUCCGUAAGAAUGGUUAUAUUUUGCCUCUAAACAGUACAACUUAAGUAUGUCUAGCUUUCUUUUAAGGCUUGUAAGUUGUAAUAAAAGGGAACUUUUUCAAACUUCUAACUUUUUUUAAUUCAUAGCGCUUUUCGUAGAAGGAAUGAUGAUUGUUUACACACGUUCCCUUUAGCUUUGAAUCUUGUCAGCUAGAGUUUUAAACUGGUUCAUAGCCAGAGAGUGUUUUUCAAGUUUGUAGUGAAAAGAAUCGCGCAACACGCAGAAAAAUCACGCGCACGCCAAGUGGUGACGGGGUAAAUAGAUUGUGAACAAGAUCUGUCCUUGAUCUUAAAAAAUUUUCAUUAAAUUUACUUUCUGAGAAAUGAGGAUAA